AUGACACCCAGAAAUGGGUCAAACACCCAGAUCCACGGCUUGGUCGGAAAACCAUUACUGUACUUCACCAGCGUGUUUGUAUCACUGGGUGUUUUCCUUUUUGGCUAUGACCAGGGUGUAAUGUCUGGCAUCAUAACUGGCUGGUAUUUCAAAGAUUACUUCAACCAACCUUCCCAUGCCAUAAUUGGUACGGUAGUUGCAGUUCUUGAAGUCGGGGCUUUCAUAUCAUCGCUUCUUGUGGGACGAAUCGGUGAUUUGAUCGGCCGCCGAAGAACUAUUCUGUAUGGUUCUAUUGUGUUUUUCAUCGGUGGUGCCUUUCAAACGUUUGCAACAGGUAUUCCAACGAUGAUGGUCGGUCGUAUCGUUGCUGGUCUCGGCGUUGGUGCCCUGUCUACCAUUGUGCCGGUGUACCAGUCUGAGAUAUCGGUAUGCGAUCCUCCAUCUCUGUUAUUCCUGGGUGCUUCUAUUGUCGCUUCAUCGUGGCUUCUUGACAACGACCAUGAUGAGGAGGGCAUGAUGGUCAUCGCAAAUCUUUAUGGCGAAGGAGACCUCCUUAAUGACAAAGCCCGUCAAGAAUACCGCGAAAUCAAGAUGAAUGUCCUUGUCCAACGGCAGGAAGGCGAGAGAUCCUACUCAGACAUGUUCCGCCGUUACCGAAAACGUGUCUUGAUUGCCAUGUCGGCCCAGGCGCUAGCACAACUCAACGGGAUCAACGUAAUUUCAUACUAUGCACCUCUCGUGUUUGAAUCGGCCGGCUGGGUUGGACGAGAUGCCAUCCUUAUGACUGGAAUCAAUGGUAUUUCGUACUUGCUGUCUACCAUUCCACCAUGGUAUCUUGUGGAUGGCUGGGGUCGGCGACCGAUCUUGCUUUCAGGUGCUGUGGCUAUGAUGGUCUCGCUUUCUCUUGUCUCUUAUUUUAUUUAUAUCAAAAUUCCCGCCACUCCAACCCUGACGGUCAUCUUUGUUAUGCUGUAUAACGCAGCUUUCGGAGCAUCUUGGGGCCCCAUUCCUUGGUUGUACCCCCGGAAAUCUUGCCCUUGA